CCCAAACCCGUUAGCAUCCGGGUCAAUUUGACCGCCCAGUGGGUAGUUGGCUGUACGUAUCACUCCAUCAAAGCGCGUGUAAACCACACACCUCGAAUCCAAUCGAAAACAGGAUAUGAACGCCAUGCAACCCUGUUCCGAUCAUUCCCUUCCUGCUCACUCAAUCAACCACUGACCGACAGAAAUGACGAGGCCUGUGGCAGUGGUGGUGGUGGUGGUGGCAGCUUUCCUGGCCGGUCUCUUGACCUCUGAAAUCGCAGCAGAAAUCGCCCAAAACUCGGCCGAUUUUUACAAUCUCGGCCGCCGUCGUUUGCCGCAGCAGUCUCUCUGUUUGGAGCUCAUUGAGCCUUCGGGGUACUCUUGCUCCGAGCACAAAAUUCAAACGAAAGAUGGCUACUUAUUGGGUCUUCAACGCGUGUCGUCUCGAAGUGGGGAUUUGAGAACCCAGCUGGGUCCUCCGGUGCUGCUUCAACAUGGACUCUUCAUGGCAGGCGAUGCAUGGUUUUUAAAUUCUCCAGAAGAAUCAAUGGGCUUUGUCCUUGCAGAUCAAGGUUUUGAUGUAUGGGUAGGAAAUGUGCGUGGAACACGUUGGAGUCAUGGACACGUAUCUUUAUCAGAAGAUGAUAAGAAUUUUUGGGAUUGGAGUUGGCAGGAAUUGGCUGAAUAUGAUCUGGCAGAAAUGAUACACCACAUAUAUUUGAUAACAAACUCCAAAGUCUUUAUUGUUGGACAUUCACAGGGAACAAUCAUGUCUUUAGCUGCUCUCACCCAGCUGGAUAUAGCAGAAAUGGUUGAAGCUGCCGCUCUUUUCUGUCCAAUAUCGUACUUGGAACAUAUCACUGCUAAAUUUGUACUUAGAAUGGUUAAUAUGCAUCUUGAUCAGAUGAUUCUUGCUAUGGGCAUCCAUGAACUUAACUUUAGAAGUGAUUGGGGAGUCAACCUUUUGGAUUCAAUAUGUGAUGGCCAUGUUGACUGCAAUGACUUGCUAACUUCCGUAACAGGGAAGAAUUGUUGCUUUAAUAACUCACGGGUGGACUUCUAUCUUGAUUAUGAACCUCACCCAACAUCCACAAAGAACUUGCGUCAUCUCUUCCAAAUGAUUCGUAAGGGUACUUUUUCGAAGUACGACUAUGGCGUCUUAAAAAAUUUGAAGCUGUAUGGUCAGUUGAAACCCCCUUCAUUUGAUCUUGGCCUCAUACCCAAGUCACUGCCACUGUUGAUGGCUUAUGGGGGCAAUGAUGAUUUAGCUGAUAUGGAAGAUUUCCAUCACACUCUCAAGGAAUUGCAGUCCACUCCUGAGCUGGUUUAUCUCGAGAAUUAUGGUCAUAUAGACUUCAUUGUGAGCAUAAAAGCCAAAGAAGAUCUUCAUGACCGCGUGAUUGGGUUUUUUAGGUCAUGGGGAAAAUCUAGUAGUUCUUAAAGCGACUGCUUGCUGUAACAUGUGAUAAAUGUGGUUUGUGAAUGUACUGUACUAAAAGUGUUACUGUGCAUAUAUUGUAUAUAACAUUAUAUUCUCUUCUAAAGUUGAUGCUUGAAAAAAAAA